UGGUGGUGUAAUGUUGUACUUAUAAUGCUCGAUUUUCCAUUUCCAGACACAGUACAUUGCCUGGACAUGGGUCCUAUUUUUAAUAUUUCAUAAUUUCAGACAGUGUAAGCCUGUCUUGAUAAUUUGAUUGACUUGAAGAAAAUCCUGAAAGUUGUUGACAUCCAUGACAAAGUUUGAUAUUAUGUAUUAUUAGAAUAUUGCCAAUGAACCAAAUCAAACCAAGUAGUAAAGGGGAACUCUGAACUGCGAAUCUGCUGGAGCCGACGGGAGUUUGUAAUGUGUAAUGUGUAUGUAGCUUUAAUGGAGGCCCAGAUGCUCUUCAUGGCCCCACUAGUAGCGUAAUCCCGCCAUGAUCAUGACACUCGUCAAAAUGGUUGGAUUUCUCUACGCUUAGUCAUACAUUUUAAAUCAAUUGUAUGAAAACCCGGAGCCAAUCUCAAACUUUAUUUUCCGACGAUGUUAAUCAAUCAUCGGACAUCGUAACAGAUUGUGUUACAUAACAGGAAAACAGUUUAACUUCCGCCAAGUCAGAUUUUGCGACAAGUCGUCAGAAGAAGUCGCCGGCGCCAGAAGGAGCAGACCGAUGGCUCCCGUCGUCCAGCGUUAACUUAGUAGAAACUGUUUUAAUUUGACAGCCAAUUUGUGCUAUGUCUUCGGGAAUGACUGGACAAACACCGUGCCUAACCAGCCGAUGGGAUAAGACAGCCCAACCUAAACAAAGUGUAGAAGUGAGGCAGCAGAGGAGUAGUGAAAAUGCGGCCCACUCGUUAUCAGGAGUCGUCGGCGCUGCUGGUUCAAACAGCACAGCUUCCCAGCCGCUACAGACGGGAGAAAAGCCAGCGCCCCAGGGUGGAGUUGAACUGGCCGCGGCCAUGGCUGCUAAAAUAAAUGCCAUGUUAAUGGCAAAAGGAAAGCUGUUGACUCCUCCACCGUUACUUGCAAAGUCUGUCCCAAAUGUUUCCGUGGCAUCCGCCACAGAAGAAAUGGCGGUCACAGAGGUCGACAUAAACGAUGUGCCGCUAAAUUGCAGGGACCUUCUUACUAAAGGCAAAACACAGGAGGAGAUUCGACAGUUUAGUGGAUCGGUCGUCUCAACGAGAGGUCAUUACAUGCCUGAUGCUGCAAAGAGAAAAGCAGGACAAAGAUCUUUGUAUUUACAUGUCCAGGGAAAGAACCAGGAGCAGGUCAACAAGGCUGUGCUGAGGAUAAAGGAGCUCAUCUCCGAGGACCUGCUGAGGGCCUCGGCCGCAUCAGGACAGCAGAUGCCCGCUAUGCCUCCGCUCACACUCUACCCUCAGCCUCCUCGCCUCGUCAACUCCUCACCCGUGCCACGGAUGCCCAACACCAACUCGGUGCCAGGACAUCGGCCUGCCGCUCCUCAUUCGGGGAGUUUUGUGCACACAAAGAUUUUUGUGGGCCUGGACCAGACGUUCCCCUUCUUCAAUGUGAACGAAAAGAUCGAGGGUCCGGGAGGUUCAUACCUGAGUCACAUCCAGACAGAGACAGGGGCUCGAGUCUUUCUCCGGGGAAAAGGUUCCGGCUACAUUGAACAAGCAUCCAAACGAGAGUCUUUUGAGCCUCUUUAUGUCUACAUCAGCCACCCAAAUUCCACUGGAUUGGAGUCUGCGAAGAAACUCACCGAGAGUCUGCUGGAAACUGUGAGAGAUGAAAACGCCCGUAUGGUGACAAACUACACAGCCACCGGCUCAACACAACCAUACGCAGCACAUGGAUUUCCACCUAAUAGCAAUUACUCUAGCCAGGGGUCCUGGUAUAAUGGGUAUGCUGGCGGCUAUUCAGCGUACUCAGGAGCCAGUGGUUAUUGGAGUAAUGCAAAUGGUCCCUCAAGUCAUUCUAACAUGUCGACAAACCCUCCAUCUUCUCAGGCAAUGGUUCAGUAUCCGGUGUGUCCUAGGAAACCGCAUCCCUAUCUCGUCCAGGACCCUGGCAGCAGUGAGACGGUGGAGCCUGAAGGAGCGAUAAACACCCCCCCUGACUCGGGAAGUCCCAGGCGUCAUUUCCAGGAGGGGGCUAAGGAAGAACAGCCUCCCAGCAGAUCUCCAGAGGGUCCUGCUCAUCAAGAGUCUGCACUUCCUGCCUCCAGUGUUGGAGAGGAGAAAGUAGUACAAAGGAUUCUGAUGCCUCCUCCGCCGCCUUUCUUUGUGGCUCCUGCCCCCGUUGCCCGCAAAAGGCCAAGACACGCGGUGACAGAAGAUCCGGUUGGUGUGCCUGGCAUCGCCGCGUCAAUGGCUGUUCAGGAGGAGGUGAGCAAGAAGAAGACUAAAGUGGACGAAGAUGCAUCCGGGCUUGUGCCCUACGGAGGAGAUUCCUCCGAUGAAGAGGAGGAGAGGACACGCAGCAGUAAGACUGAUCACUCAUAGCCCCUGCCCCAUCCAUCCCCACUGUCCAGGAUACCCACAGACCCAAAGCCUACUUUCAGUAAAGCAACACAACUCAAACCCCAUAAAAGGAAAAAUCCACCCUCAUAUUUUCAAACACUGUUUAAGGACUAAACCAGUGUUUUGCCGUGUUUUAACCCCAUUUAGUUCAGAGAACAAAUAUCUUAUUGCUGUCUAUUUUCCAAGCCACGUUUGACUUUUUUUUUUUUUCACUCAUCACCGAAGGGUGUUUUGGGACACCUUUUCACAAAUGUCUGGUUCCACUUGAUGUACUGACAUCAAUGUUUAGGACUAAAGACGUGUGACCAUGCUUCAUACACUGUCAGGUUGACAAUCAAUACGAACAUUACAGCAUCGUUGUCAACGGGCAGAAGAUGCAAAAAAACACUGGACUAGUCUUUGAAUUAUCACCAGUUUCUGAUGUUUGGUGCUUUCCUGGACUCUUAUGGGGGAAAGGUUUUUAUUUACUUAUUCUGGUGUAGCUUUUGCUUUCUAUUCUAUUUAUUUUUCUCCCCAUGGGAAAAUUUAAAUCUAUGCCCAUUUAUAUAGCAGCUGUUAAAAUAGAGGGCCUGCCAACUAGGCAUUGUGCAUGCGUGUGUAGCCACAUGACUUAAGAUGCCGCACAACUUGUGGCGUCCUGCUAAUUGGGACAUUUUGAGGAACAAGUCGUUUUUUUUUUUUUGGGUACUGUUUUUCUCCCUUGUGUUAUUACGGACUUGGUAGAAGCCCUUUUUUAUUUUCAGGUUCUGACUCUAUAACAUGCACUUAUUAAUGUCUUAAAUGCAGAAACAUCUUCCGUUAACAAAAUAUAUUUAACUAUUCACUUUUAACAGUGUGGAGGUAUUCAGGGUGGGUUCUUCCUUUUUAAGAUGUGAAUACAAUUGAAUAAUGUCUCCAAAGGGAUUUUUAUUAAAACUUUUUUUCAUUUUCAAAAGCGUCUUGUUGAUACAAAUACAAUUCCCUUCUAUCCUGUCUGAAUUCAAACACUUGGUCUGCUGCAGUUACUGAUAUUAUAAAUACAUAUUGUAAAAUUCAGUGAAAUGUUUUUCUUAUCUUGGAAAAUGGUGUCUGCCUGUUCCCAUGGAAUACUAUAAUAAAAACACCUGAAAGUC